AUGAAGAGCGAUGUUGAUGUUAUUAUCAUUGGUGCUGGUGCAGCUGGUCUUGCUGCAGCAAUUGAAUUACAAUCAACUGAUUUAACUUUUCUAAUACUUGAAGCUCGUAAUCGAGUAGGUGGUCGAGCACAUACAGAUCAAAAUACAUUUGGUGAAACAUCUAUCGAUCUUGGUGCUAGUUGGAUUCAUUCUUAUGGACCAAAUAAUGUAUUAUACAAUUAUCAUAAUACUUUCAAUAUUGAUUCACAUAAAAAUCAAAGACAUGGUAGCAUUAUUUGUGUUGAUUAUGAUGGUAAACCUUUUACAAGUGAAACAUUUAUUCAAGCACGAUCAAUAUAUGAACAUUUAGAUUCAUAUAUAUCUUAUAACAAGAAUGAUGAAAACGAUCAAAGUAUUGAACAAGUUAUUCAAUCAGAAUAUGAACGAUUAGUACCAAGUCAUGGACCAGUUAAACGUUUAGUUGAUCUAUUACUUUCAGGUUGUGAGCAAUAUGAAGCUGGUAAUUUUGUACAUCUUUCAGCGAAUCAAUGGGGUGUUGGUGAAGGUACUGGAUCUGAUCAAUGGGUAUCAUCUGGUUAUGGAAAAUUAUUAGAACAAAUUGCUGAUAAACAUAAUUUACCGAUUCAAUUAAAUACUCUUGUUACAAAAAUCGAUACAACAAAUAAUGAACGAAUAGUUAUUACAACAAUGAAUAGUACAUCAAAAAUCUCAUGUCGUCGAGUAAUUAUUACAAUUCCUUUAGGUUGUUUAAAAUCUGAAACAAUUUUAUUCGAACCCCCAUUACCUGAUUGGAAACGUCAAGCUAUUAAUCAUAUGGGUUUAGGUUUAAUGAAUAAACUUAUCCUUCAAUUUCCACAACAUUUUUGGGAUACAAAUGCUAGAUCUUUUCUACAUGCAUGUAAUGAACGACGUGGUCGAUUUCGAUCUAUAAUUUGUCUACCACCGCCAGCGAAUAUUCUUAUCCUAUUUGUUAGCGGUAUAUUUGCACGUGAAUUAGAAGCAUUAACAGAUAUUGAAAUUCUCGAACAUAUAAUGAAAUUUCUUCGACAAAUCUUUUCUGAAACUAUUAUACCGGAUCCAAUUAAUUAUAAAUUUACACGAUGGGCACAAGAUCCAUUAGCUUAUGGUUCAUAUUCAAAUUUUGCUGUUCAUUCAAGUCGUCAUACUAUUGAAAAAUUAGCAAGAGAAACUUCAAAUGGUCGAGUACAAUGGGCUGGAGAACAUGCUAAUAUAGAUGAUGGUACAGAAGAUUGGUCGUAUGGUUGUGUUCAUUCAGCUUUUCAAAGUGGUCAAAGAGCAGCAAAAAAUAUUCGAGAUCAAUUAUGUACUUCCUAA